AAAAUGUUACGGCGACAGGCAAGACAAAGGAGGGAAUACAUUUACAAGAAGUCAGUAGAAGACCAAGAAAGGACAAUCUACGAUAGGAAAAAGCGUUUGAAGAAUGCCCUUCAAGAAGGUAAACCAAUACCAACUGAGCUGAGACGUGAUGAAGGAGAACUGCGGAAAGCAAUAGAAUUUGACGACGAAGCUCAUGAAAAAGUGACAACACAUGUGGAUGAUGAGUAUGCAUGGUCUGGCAUUGAAGACCCUAAAAUCAUGGUUACCACAUCACAUUCACCAAGUUCAAGACUAAAACAAUUUGCCAAAGAACUUCGACUUAUAUUUCCAAACAGCCAACGCCUAAAUCGAGGAAACUAUGUUAUGAGUCAGCUGGUUCAAGCUUGCAGGGCAAAUGAUGUCACAGAUUUAAUAAUUGCUCACGAACAUAGAGGAGAGCCAGAUGGUCUUGUUGUAUGUCAUCUUCCUUAUGGUCCCACAGCUUACUUCACACUCUCUAAUACGGUGAUGCGUCAUGACAUACCAAACAUUGGAACAAUGUCUGAAGUCUUUCCUCAUUUAAUCUUUGACAAAUUUUCAUCCAAGCUUGGCGAAAGGGUUAAAAACAUCCUAAAGUAUUUAUUCCCAGUGCCUAAAGACGAAAGUAAGCGAGUAAUCACCUUUGCAAACCAGGAUGACUAUAUUUCUUUCAGGCAUCAUAGUUACAAGAAAGUGGAAGGCAAAAUAGAACUCUCUGAGAUAGGACCAAGAUUUGAAAUGAAAGUUUACGAGAUACGGCUUGGUACAGUCGAUCAAACAGAGGCUGAUGUUGAAUGGCGACUAAAACCUUACAUGAAUACGGCGAAGAAAAGAAAGUUUUUAGAUUAGACAUUCGAACUUUCUAGGACGUGUUCUUGUCUCGACCCAACGUAACGAAUAAAACAA